AUGGAGUUCGAGGACGACGAGACGAGCACGCAGGAGCAUUCGUUCAGGGCAGAGGGCACUCUCGAUGCUGAUGCUACAAGGGCUCUUGUGUGCCGCGACUUCCAAUAUUGCAGGUCUGACAAGAUGAGGGAGGGCUACUCCCAGGAGCUCGAGGAGGGCAAGCAGUUGGUGGAGGAGGCUCGGGGAAAGCUCGAGGCAUGGUUUGCACGAAAGUUGGACGAUGUUGACAUUGUGGGCCCCGAGAGAGCUGUGUAUGACGAGAUUCUUCGGGACGUGGAGAGCGCAUUCGUUGUGCUGAACGGCAAGAUGAAAGCCGUGAAAACGGCUACUGCUGUGAACCAAGAGUUCCAGGUCUCGGGCAUGGAGCUUGGAGGAGCUGCAGGGCAUUUGAUUUCCUCUUCGGGAAAAUGGCCGAGCAACUUUCAGCGGGAUAUGCUCCGAAAGUGUGCCCCAUCCCAGGUUCCGGUUACCAAGUUGCAGGUCCCGGUAAACGCGAAGGGCAUGCUGAAGAAACGGAGUCUUCCUGUGGUGCUGCCUCACGAGGUGUUUCCUUGGCUUGUGAAGCAGGGUAUUAUUCCGCUGAAUGAUACGGCUGAGAUUGGAGAGUUCUGGUCUCAUGCUAGAACGGCCGGGAUGCCAACCAUGGGGGCCACGGACUCGCAUAUCCCGCUGUAUCUCUGGGGUGACGAUGCCAGAUUCACAGAGACGCACGAGGAUAAGCUUGUGGUUGUGGCUUUUGGCAGGGUGCUUGAGACUUCCAAGAAUGCCCUCGAGACAGUAUGGCCUCUCUUUCUUUACCAGCAGGUCGUGGCUUCUUUCAACAUCCUCUUUGAGCAGGGUGUCAUGGUGGAGACUCCAAGUGGCGAACGCAAACGUGUUUUUGCUGCAGUGGUGCAAUUUCAAGGCGAUUGGAAGUGGCACAAGAUGUCCAACCUGGAUCGCUACCCCACGUUCCAGUGCAAAGCUUACAAUGCAACUCAGCUGGCAAUGGGACGAGUCGUGGUUGCAUGGCUGGCCAACAAAGCUGUGCAGUGGCACCUGGCGAACUGGUUCAAUGUGACUGAGCGAUGCUCGCGAUACCUGCAACCCGAGGAUGCCAGCACGCUUGUCUGUGCAUGUGACUGCUCUUUGGAUGCCUACCUGCAGCUGGCAAAGCGAGCUGUGGAAGAGAAGAUCUGCCUCUUUCCAGUGAAGCCGAAGUUUCAUGGAUGGCAGGAGCUUGCAUUCUGGGCUGCGAAGCACCGCAUUAACCCGCGAACCUAUCACUGCUUCCGGCAGGAGGAUAUGGUUGGGUCUGUGGUGAGAAUUGCUCAGGCAUGCCACAAGAGAUCGGUGGAAGAAAUGACCUUGGCCCGUGUGUAUCUUCAGCUCUGCUACUCAAAGGGUAGCGGAAGCCACUGA